AAAUCAACAACUAAAAAAUAACAAUCUUAAAUUAAAAUAAUUUUAGUUAGAGACUUUGAAAUAAUUUUAAAGUUACUUGUAUGGUAAAUAUUUAUACAUGAGACGUACGCCACUACCGGCGCAAGCUAGCAGUUCAACUGACUACUAGCUAAUAACCUAGCUCGGAGGCAGUGUAAUCAUUCGGAUGCUCAAAAUCCACUCUUGCUAGUAGGAAUUUGGCAUCGACGCGCCAGUUGAGAUGCACACAUUUCCUUCGAGUGUAACAAACGCGUCUACUGUCGAGUAGGGAUGCAAUAGACUGCGGAUCAGAUUUUGUUGGCGUUCUGCGUGAGGGACUGAGUUGUUGUUGGCCUGUUCAUUUACCUUUUUACCCUCCAAUGCAAGCCUAUAAACUGGAGCUGUUAAUUAUGUUUUGAAUUUUAUUUUGGGGCAAAUAUUUUAUUUUAUGUUAUAUUAUUUGGUUUUUCCUGUCAUUUAAUAUUAUUUGUAUUUAUAUUUUAAUUUUAUUUGGCUUAUAUUUAUCACAUACUUUAUAUAAAACCAGUUAGAAGUCAAACAUUUAGUUGACUAAUUUCCCAGGUACAUAAAAGUGAUGUUAUUUUGGGGGGAAUGAAAUUUUACUUACUUAGGAGUGGACCCCACAAAAAUUUGCUAGCACACAAAAAACAAAAGGCGAAAACAACAUUCUCUGCGGUUCUAUUCGGUGCUGUUGUUGCGGUUCCCUACAGUUGAUUUAGCGUUUUAUCUAUUUCGAAAAAAUGAAACACGCAGAAACUGUACGAACCGGACUGUAAAUAACUUUAAAAUACUAGUCUCCAGUAAGUCUUCGAUAUGUCUCUCUUCUUCCAGUAUAUAUAUAGAUAUAUAUAUAUAUAUAUACUCCACCACCCUUCUCUGUUAUACGACGCGCAUUUCAUAACCGUCUCUCCGCAAACGAAAUCGCGAGCAGUGAAAAUCGGCGAAAAUGUCGGGAAUAGGGAGAGAAGAACGAGGACGAUCACGUGCCGCCGGCGGAAGGGGACCGCAGCAGCCAACCGGCCGCGGCAAAAAACAACCAUCGCGCGGCGGCGGUCCAGGCCGUGGUCGAGGCCGCGGUAGUAGUGCUACGCCGGAGCACUCAAUUUCAGCUUUUGUGGCUCUGUUCGAGCAGUCUCCGAUGGAGCAGAAGCUCACGUUUCAGGCUUCGUCUUCGACCACUGUUCCGGCGCCUCGCCCACAGGUUACGGCGGUUUUGGCGGUGAAUCCGCCGCAAGGACCGUCGAAGAAGGCGUUGACUAUCCCGGCAAGGCCAGGUUUCGGAUCACUCGGACAGAAGACCAUCGUUAAGGCGAACAAUUUUUUGGUUCCGGUGACUAAACCGCCUGCUCCGACGCCUCAGCCACAGGCUCCGGCGGUGAUUCCGCAGCAAGGACAGUUACCACCGGCUUCCACGAAGGCGGUGAGGCUACCGGCAAGGCCAGGCCUCGGAUCAUUCGGACAGAAGACCAUUGUUAAGGCGAACCAUUUUUUGGUUGCGGUUGCUGAUAGAGAUCUGAACCACUACGAUGUUGCUAUCUCGCCUGAGGUAACCUCGAAGAAGGUAUGCCGGAUGAUAAUGGAUGAGCUUGUCAAAUCCUUUAACGCUUCAAAUUUGGGCAAGAGACAAUUGGCUUACGAUGGAAGGAAGAAUUGCUACACUGCAGGGCCAUUGCCCUUUGUCUCUAAGGAGUUUGCCGUCACGCUUGAUCAAGAUAGUGGAUUCAGGAAGGAACGCGAAUUCAAGGUUUCCAUUAAGUUUGCUUCCAAAGCUGACUUACACUACUUAAAAGAAUUCUUACAAGGCAGACAACUCGAUAAUAAUCCAAAUGAAACUAUCCAGUGUCUUGAUGUGGUGCUUAGGUCGAAACCAUAUAAUAAUAGCUAUGAAGCUGUUGGAAGGUCCUUCUUUCAUUGGGACUUCGGAUCAGGGAAACUCGGUGAUGGCCUGGAUUACUGGAAAGGAUUUUACCAGAGUCUUCGCCCAACUCAGAUGGGGCUGUCACUGAAUAUUGAUAUGUCCGCUAGAGCUUUUAUUGAACCUAUUUAUGUGUCUGAGUUUGUUUUCAAGUACCUCAACCUCAGGGAUCGGAAUAGGCCUUUAUCUGACCAAGAUCGGAUUAAGGUCAAAAGAGCUCUUAAAGGUGUCAAGGUUGAGAGCAUAUAUCUGAAGUACACCAAACGUUUCAAUAUCACAGGCGUGUCGACUGAACCCACUGAAAGCCUGAUGUUUACCAUCGAUGCAUCCGGUGCACAAAUAUCUGUUUCUGAGUUCUUCCGUCAGCAGCACAGUAUCGUGCUUAUGUAUCCACGUCUGCCUGCUAUUCAGUCCGGCAUUGGGAGACCAAUUUAUAUUCCAAUGGAGUUAUGCAAAAUUGUUGAGGGUCAAAGAUACUCUAGGAAAUUGAACGGGAGACAAGUUACUGCCCUGCUCCAAGCCACAUGCGAACGGCCAGCGAAGAGAGAGGGUGUCAUUAGAACGAUGGUGGAAAGAAAUAAUUACAACCAUGACGAACUUGUCAAUAGAGAGUUUAGUAUACAAAUUAGGCCUGAACUUAUGUCCGUAGAGGCACGGGUUUUGCCUCCUCCAAUGCUGAAAUAUCAUGAUUCUGGAAGGGAGAACCGUGUUCAGCCAAAUGAAGGACAAUGGAAUAUGAUGAACAAGAAAAUGAUCAAUGGUGGAAAGGUGGAUUUUUGGACUUGUGUCAAUUUCUCCCGAAGCAAAGAUCAUGUUGUCAAGAGAUUUAUCAAUGAACUGGUUACUAAAUGCCUCAGCAGAGGGAUGGAAUUUAGUCCACAUCCUCUAGUUCCUAUUCGUACAAAGCCUUCUAACCAGAUUGAGAAGUCCCUAAUCGGUAUCCACUCAGACUGUUUGAAAACUAGGAAACAACUUCAGUUGCUUCUUAUUAUAUUGCCCGAUGGCAACGUGACUGAUUCAUACGGUUUAAUCAAGAGAGUGUGCGAAACCGAGUUGGGCUUUGUGUCACAAUGCUGUCAGCCCCAACAUGUUUUAAAAUGCAAUAAUCAUCAGUACUUGGAGAAUGUUUCUCUCAAGAUCAACGUUAAGGUUGGAGGGCGAAAUACGGUGCUGGAGAAGGCACUCUGUAGAACAAUACCUUUCGUUAGUGACAUGCCUACCAUAAUAUUCGGUGCUGAUGUCACUCAUCCUCAACCAGGGGACGAAUCCAGUCCUUCUAUAGCUGCGGUGGUGGCCUCAAUGGAUUGGCCAGAAGUCUCUAAGUACAGAGGCUUGGUUUCUGCACAGGGCCAUAGGGACGAGAUUAUCCAGGAUCUCUACAUUAAUAAGGACUCAGGAAUGAUUCGCGAACACUUGGUUGCAUUCUACCAGAACACUAAGUUGAAGCCUAGCAGGCUCAUCUUUUACAGGGAUGGUGUGAGCGAAGGGCAGUUUAAUCAAGUUCUUCUGUAUGAAGUUGAUGCAAUUAGGAAGGCAUGUAAUGAACUUCAGACAGACUAUCAGCCAAGAAUAACUUUUGUUGUCGUUCAAAAGAAGCAUCACACUCGUCUCUUUCCUGCUGACCAUACAAGUCCUAAUACUACAGACAAGAGUGAUAACAUUUUGCCAGGCACUGUGGUGGAUACCAAGAUUUGCCACCCCAACCAAUUGAGUUUCUAUCUUUGCAGCCAUGCUGGGAUCCAGGGAACGAGCCAUCCAGCACAUUACCAUGUGUUGUUCGAUGAAAAUAAAUUCAGUGCAGAUAGUAUGCAAAUGCUUACCUACAGCUUGUGUUACACAUAUGCUAGGUGCACUCGAUCAGUAUCCAUAGUACCACCAGCUUACUAUGCACAUCUUGCUGCAUUUCGAGCACGGUAUUACAUCGAAGCUGGGGGAGAUCUCUCUGACAGUGGAUCCGCUGCAGCGGGCCCCGAUGGAGUUAUGAGGGAAAGGGUCAGAGAGGUUCGGGCUCUGCCUGCAAUUAUGGACAAUGUUAAGGAUGUCAUGUUCUACUGCUGAUUUUAGAUGACUUAGAAAACACAAUCUUUUCGAACUAUAUAUAGAUAUCCGUCACCUUAGGCUUUUGUUACAUACGUACGUUGUAAAUAAUUCUGUGCAGUUUGGUUAUGAUUCGCU